GAGCUAUGUAGCUUUCACUCAGUGCCUUCAAGACAUGUCUUUUUGUAGUCAGAAAAACAGAGAUCAAUGCAUUUUCAAACUGACAGAGGGAACGGAUGCUCCUUAGUAGCACAUGCUCGGGAUCGUGUGUGUACCGUUUGUGCAGAGCAGAGACGCUGAAUACUGGUCCAUAUGCUCCUUGUUUACUGCAAUGUUUUUUGCAUGUUACUGUGCACUCCGGACUAAUGUGAAGAAAGGCCAAGAGGAAGAGAAUCCCACAGGUAGAGGCCUUCAGCUGGGACCUUUCCCUGAAAUGGAAUGGACUAAUGCACAGAAAUACCGUUAUCAAGAUGAGGAUGUUCCACAUGAUCAUACUUUGCCUCGAUUGACCCAUGAAGUGAGAGGCCCAGAGCUUGUUCAUGUGUCAGAGAAGAACUUAUCUCAAAUAGAGAAUGUCCAUGGAUAUGUCUUACAGUCGCACAUUUCUCCUUUGAAGGCAAGCCCUGCCCCUAUAAUUGUCAACACAGACACCUUGGACACAAUCCCUUAUGUCAACGGAACAGAAAUUGAAUAUGAGUUUGAAGAGAUUACAUUGGAAAGGGGAAAUUCUGGUCUGGGGUUCAGUAUUGCUGGAGGAACAGAUAACCCACACAUUGGGGAUGAUCCUGGGAUAUUCAUUACUAAGAUUAUACCAGGAGGAGCUGCAGCAGAGGAUGGAAGACUCAGGGUCAAUGACUGCAUCUUGCGAGUGAAUGAGGUGGACGUGUCAGAAGUCUCACACAGCAAAGCCGUGGAGGCCCUAAAGGAGGCUGGCUCCAUAGUUCGAUUGUAUGUUCGUCGAAGGAGACCUAUUCUGGAGACCGUGGUAGAGAUCAAGUUGUUCAAAGGCCCUAAAGGUCUGGGUUUCAGUAUUGCAGGAGGAGUGGGAAACCAACACAUUCCUGGGGACAAUAGCAUUUAUGUCACCAAGAUUAUUGAAGGAGGAGCUGCACAAAAAGAUGGGAGGUUACAGGUUGGAGAUAGACUUCUUAUGGUAAACAAUUAUAGUUUAGAAGAAGUUACCCAUGAAGAGGCAGUAGCGAUACUGAAGAACACAUCAGAUGUAGUGUAUCUAAAAGUUGGAAAGCCCACCACCAUUUACAUGACCGAUCCUUAUGGCCCACCAGACAUUACUCACUCUUAUUCUCCACCAAUGGAAAAUCAUAUACUCUCUUCUGGAAACAACGGCACUUUAGAGUACAAGGCGUCUCUGGCCCCUAUCUCACCUGGAAGAUACUCACCCAUUCCAAAGCACAUGCUUGUGGAGGAUGACUACACCAGGCCUCCUGAACCUGUUUACAGCACUGUGAACAAACUGUGUGAUAAACCACCUUCUCCUAGGCACUAUUCCCCUGUCGAGUGUGACAAAAACUUCCUUCUUACAGCUCCCUAUCCCCACUACCACAUAGGCCUGCUCCCUGACUCUGAGAUCACCAGUCAUUCCCAGCACAGCACCGCAACGCGUCCCCCCACAGUGAGCUUGCAGCGGACCAUUUCUGUGGAAGGAGAGCCUCGAAAAAUCAUCCUCCACAAGGGGUCCACUGGACUUGGCUUUAACAUUGUGGGAGGAGAAGAUGGGGAAGGCAUUUUCGUGUCAUUCAUCUUAGCAGGCGGGCCUGCUGAUCUCAGUGGAGAACUGCAGAGAGGAGAUCAGAUUUUGUCUGUGAAUGGCAUCGAUCUUCGAGGUGCUACCCACGAGCAGGCUGCAGCUGCACUCAAGGGAGCAGGGCAGACGGUAACAAUCAUAGCACAAUACCAGCCGGAGGAGUACGCUCGGUUUGAGGCAAAAAUCCAUGACCUGCGUGAGCAGAUGAUGAAUCACAGCAUGAGUUCUGGGUCUGGCUCCCUGAGGACUAAUCAGAAGAGGUCACUGUAUGUCAGAGCCAUGUUUGACUAUGACAAGAGCAAAGACAGUGGUCUCCCAAGCCAAGGCCUCAGUUUUAAGUAUGGAGACAUUCUUCACGUCAUCAAUGCCUCGGACGAUGAGUGGUGGCAGGCGAGGAGGGUCACCCUGGAGGGAGACAGUGAGGAGAUGGGAGUUAUACCCAGCAAGAGGAGAGUGGAAAGGAAGGAGCGUGCCCGUUUGAAGACUGUGAAGUUCAACGCAAAGCCUGGUGUCAUUGAUGCAAAAGGGGACAUCCCCGGAUUAGGUGACGACGGUUAUGGAACAAAGACUCUGAAACAUGUUUCUUCUAAUGCCAGCGAUAGUGAAAGUAGCUACAGAGGCCAAGAGGACUGCAUCCUUUCUUAUGAACCUGUCACAAGACAGGAAAUUAAUUACACCAGGCCAGUAAUUAUUCUGGGCCCUAUGAAAGAUCGAAUCAAUGAUGACUUGAUAUCUGAAUUCCCUGAUAAGUUUGGAUCAUGUGUACCACAUACCACACGACCAAAGCGUGACUAUGAAGUGGAUGGGAGAGAUUAUCAUUUUGUCAUUUCAAGAGAACAAAUGGAAAAAGAUAUCCAAGAGCACAAAUUUAUAGAAGCCGGGCAGUACAAUGAUAAUUUAUAUGGAACUAGCGUCCAGUCUGUGAGAUUUGUGGCAGAGAGGGGCAAGCACUGUAUUCUCGAUGUGUCAGGAAAUGCGAUCAAACGACUACAAGUUGCACAACUAUAUCCCAUCGCUAUCUUCAUUAAGCCUAAAUCAUGGGAGCCUCUGAUGGAAAUGAAUAAACGUCUUACAGAGGAGCAAGCCAAGAAAACCUAUGAUCGUGCAAUUAAGUUAGAACAAGAAUUUGGAGAAUAUUUUACAGCUAUUGUCCAAGGAGAUAGCUUAGAAGAUAUAUAUAAUCAAUGCAAACUCGUAAUUGAAGAACAAUCUGGGCCUUUCAUCUGGAUUCCUUCCAAGGAAAAAUUAUAAAUUAGCCACUGCACCUCUGAUUACAACGGGAGAAUAUUUAGAAGAAAACUAUAAUAUACUAUUUGGAGGCUUUCCUGUUUUUGUUGCAUUUAUGUUCUUUGCAGUCAAUGUGAAUUUUGAUGAAUGUACAACACAAAGUGUUUGAAGCCAUGAAGGACACUGAUGGGUCAAAGGGUAGGAACAAAAAGACUUCUACCAUAUAAAGCAAAUCUGUUGUGUGCUGAAAGCACCAGUUGUAGGUAUAAACUUUUGACAUGGAGACCCUCUGUCAAGGGGAGCUAGCCACCUCUUGUGCCCAUGCGGACAUUUUGAUCAAUUUCAAUGGCUGAGCUCAGUGUGUUGAUUGCUUUAAAGAGAAGUUCCCAGCUCUUGAACCUCAUAUAGGGCUUGAUUCUGCAAGGCGCUCAGCAUUUGACCCCAGUUCCUACACAUGUGAGUAGCCCCUUGACUUGGAGUUACUUGUGAUCCUUCCCUAUGCCAUUCAGUCCCAUCAGUUCCAGUAGGACUAUUUAUGUGCUCAAAGCUAAGCACGGGCUUAAGCGUUCUGCUAGAUCAGGGCCACACGCACCUUGCAAAAUCAAGCUCAGAGUUCUUGGUCCACUUCCCACUGAAGUCACUGGUAGGAUUGUCUUUGACUUGACUGGGAGGUGGAUCCUAUUCUAAGCUUGUCAUUGCACAUUUGUAGUUUGUACACCUCGACUUUGGUAACUAUGCACAUCUUUUGAUUUCUGAAACCAAGUCAAGCAUUUCUUUUUUCCCCUCUGGAAAAACUAUUGCAUCAGGAACUAAUAACAAUAUAGUUUAUUUUAAUGGAUUUUGGGGGUGAGAGAGGAUGGAAGCAUUUCACAUCACACAUAUGUGCACACAAAUACAUUCCUAUGUGGACACACACACAAGCAUGAGGAUUCACAGCACCUAUGUUGACGAGGAGGGAUACAACUGGGAAACGCUUUAAAUUUUUUGAUUGUCUAUUUUAUCAUUUAUAUUGAUAGAAGGCACUUAAAGAUGGAAUAAUUUAUAAAAAUAAAAAUAUAUUGAUGUAUAGAAACUAAUUUCUAUAGGUAAAAAUGUUUUUGUGAGAUAUUUUGUAAAGAUUAAUUAACUGAAAGAUUAAAUAUUUACACCCUUGUGCGACUGUAAAAUGUAAAGAGGACCAUCAAGUUGCAUUAUCCCUUUUCUGUAACAAAUUCUCUAUUAUGAGUGACAAGCAAGAUAAUUCCUUAAAUUGUAGUUGUCUGUUUUUCUCUCAAUCUAAUCCUCUCCCUUGCCUCUAUUUAAUCACGAUUAACUCCUGUGGAAAGAUCACUUGAACUGACUGUAGGUCCUGCAGGACCUUCUCUGAAUACAGAAGGAUAAUGCAUCUUUAAAUUGAAAUGGAUGACUUCUCAGAAGCAAGAUGUCAGUGCUCGAGCGCAGUUACAAUACUUCAUCCAAAAAAUGUUUUAUGAUUCUUCCUGUUUCUUAAUGGAAAUACCAAAAGUAUUUGAUCUUUCCUCUGUUUGUAGGCAGGCAGGUCACCAACUAACUUGUAUCUUCAUUCAUUUCACAGUCAACAAGGGUCUUAAAAGCAAAAACUGAGGCAAUGGACAUUGCAAGGGAUUUGGGGAAAGUCUGUGGAAUUGCAGUUCGGGAUGUAGAGAAGGGGAGAGGGAGGUAUUUUCUCCUUGUUUCACACUGCUCUUCUUUUCUAUACUGAUGUCAUUCUUCAUUCUUACAAGGGGACAACUGCAAGAGAUACAAUGACAGUAAGCUGAAUUGCCUUUGCUGCUGCUGGACCAAGUCUUAAAGAAAGCCCACAAUCUCCUGCCUGCCAUGCUGCAGCAGUCUAACACUUAUUAGCUGGUGGCUUCAGCAACCCUAAUGUUUAAGGAUGUUUUAAGGGCAAAUUCUAAACAAACUCCUCAGUCACUCGUCUCUUUGCAGCUGACAUUUCAGCACCUGUCCAGCUGACAGGCAUACCCAGCCCACCUCUCCAGAGGAUGCCAUGAGCUGGAUGUUUGAAACAUAGCCACCAGUGGUGACAUAGGUAAACAUGUGGGCGUUUCGGUGGCCCUGCAGUGGCCCCUCAUGUACUGCCCAGCUACGGUAACUUUGAGAAGUUCACACUUCUUUUACUGCUAUUUUUCUUGCCUGGCCAGCACAGAUCUAUAUACAAGGGAUUCAGUUAAGUCUCCAAAAGAGCUUUGUAACCAGAAGGGCUAGAAACAUUUUUUACAAUACAUAAAUGAAUGAAAGCUUAGCUUUUGGAUAAUUCUGCAGAAAUCCACAGAGUGACCCCAGAUCUUUGGAUGCCAUGGAUUUUUCCAUGCUGGCAAAGUACUAUUGCCCCAGGUUGGGAAAUAGCCCACUGGACCUGAAAAACCAAGUAUCCUAAAACAGGAACUUCAUUCUAAUUUUCAGCUCUGUUUUUAAGCAAUCAAUCACACCUGCUUAUUUGUUUCUUAGUUCAGCAUGCAGCCUUUUACAGUACUAUCCUUCUAGUAACUGUUUUGCUUUGUCAUGUGCUGUGCUUUAUGGUGAACAAUAACACUAUGGCUGAGUACAAUCAAUUUUUCCAUCAGUCCUUGGUUACUGUAGUAACAUUAUUUAUUUUUCCCUGUCUGUUGUUUGUGCUUCGAGUUGCCAUUGCACUUCUCCUUUUUUUUUCUUUUUUUUCUUUUUUUUUUAAAUAAAACUUAUAUUUAAAAACAAUUCACCAAGAGAAGCAGUAAGAGGUCUUAUUUCCCUUAGGAAUUGUUCUCCCAUUUGUUUUGUGUGUUGGCGUUUUGCGUUUCACGUUUCAGCAUCCUCAGAGCUGCGGUUCAUUUUUGCAUUGCAGCUGUUCAGAUCAUACUGGGUGGUAGUGGGAGGAGGAAGAGAAACACGAGAUUCAUGCAAAAUUACAUCUGGUGCAAAAAAAAAAUGAUCCGAACUCACAACCCACAGCAGUCAGCACCUGAGACCACACUGGUGCUAACACAGCUUAGCGUAAUCAGAUUCCUUUUCUGUCCAUGUAAAAGACUAGUGAGCGUCUAAACAUGAGACAAAUGCAAAUGCUGGACCCUUUAGGAAAAGUGCCAGAUCACAUCCCUGGUGCUAUUUCUCAUGUUCUGGCACAGUGUGUAGCACCGUAGGGUCUAAGCAGAACCAAAAUUACAGCAUCUUUUUGUCCACCCAUGAAUGAUCACAAUGACAUCUUGCUAGAUUUGUGCAGAUGUGCGAUAUUACAAACUAUUUAUUUCUCCUUGCCACAAAGCAUCUCCCAUGCACUGACUCAUUGAGAGCUUGCUGACAGGGCUCAGUGAAAAGGCCCUCUUUAUUGGUCUUGUGGUCUGGCCACAAACCAGUGAAAGAGCCUCUUGCUUAAUUCCCCUUCCUACAGAGGUACCCUGUCCAUGCUAGCGCUUUGUUAUUUUUUUGGUAGUAAAGGUUGUUUCUAGAAUAAUAUUCUGUGAUGUAAUUGUGUUUGUAGCUAGCAUGGUUUGAUGCUCCGGUGUGGAUAGGGUCCUAGGAACCACUCUGUGAAAGUCAAGGAUAAGGAAUCUCUCCGUUGCACUGAAAUUUCAAAUCCUCAUCCUGGAGAGCAGUCUUGAACCAGAGCUAACAACCACUACGAGCCAGCGACAGUGUUCUAUCUACACAACAUUCACUAAUCUAUUUACGUCAGUUUUCUAUGUAGAAAUUGUUGGUUUUAUACCUUCACUAUUACUUGCUCAUAAGAAGUCAGUCAAAUUGUAUUUUUGCUUUGGUUUUCCCUACUUUCUUUCUUUUUAUUUUGUUUUUCCCUGACCAGAGGAUUCAACAAGUGACAACACAAGAAGACACAUGUAGCGAAAACAGUGUUCAUGCAUAAAGGUCUUGGUUUCUUUUUAAGCUGCAGAUUUAAAGCCAUAAUAUCUGCCAUGUUCACAGAAAAGUGUUCUUUUAUUGUUCAUAGCAUUUAAUCUCAGCAUUUCUUCUCUUGAGCAUUUUGUCUGCCAUGUCAUGCAUGCAGUUCACUGUGCAACUGCAUCCAUGUGCUCUGGCCCAUGCAUGCCUUGGUGAAAUAGAUGUAUUUUCCUGUUCCAUCAAAAAACAAGACAUCUUGUCAGCUAGCUCAGAAGUAAGAAUGAGGUAGUCAAUAUAUUACAAACAAAUUGACUGUUCCUUUGCAGGACAUUUUAAAGCACAAAUCAGCAUCAAAGUUAAUAGUAAACAACAGCUUAAUGCUACUCACCACAUAGCCAGCCUAUAUCCUCAGCCAGUGGAAUUAUGGUCACUCCAUCAAUUAUACAGUCAUAGAAUCAUUUGAGUUGGAAGAGACCCUUAAAGGCCAUCUAGUCCAACUCCCUGCAAUGCACAGGGACACCAACAGUUCCAUCAGCUUCUUCAGACCCCAUCUAGCCUGACCCUGAAUAUCUUCAGGGACGAGUCCAUCCCAUUUAUGCCACCUGAAAUUACAUACCCAUCCUCACUGUUACAUCAAUUUUUUAGCAUUACUCUAAAGCACCAAGGCCCCAUUACUAACAGAAGCUCAAUACUUUGCACCAUUAUUUACUGCCCAUAUUACUGUAGCACCUAGAGGGCUAUGUCCUGGACCAAUAUCCCUUUGAGGCAGGUGCAGUGAAACUGCUGAACACAAAGACACCCCAUAGGCCAAGCACCAUGGCCAGAUUUUCAGAAGGUUUCAGCUCCACCAACAUCUCACCAAGAGCAAUAGGAAUCGCUGCCCCAUUGGCUCUCUUGAGAAUCUGUCUGUAAGGUGAGGAGUGUAAGACAUGAGCCAUCAUCUCUCACCCCGUGUUAGCAGCUUACACCUCUGGCCCUGACCUACAGCCCAGGUACCUCAUUCUGGUGUAAUUCAGCAUUUCUAAUGAUGGGCGGUAGCCAGCAUCUGGGCAAGAUCGUUGGAAAAAAAAAUAAGAAAAAAAGAACAAUACUUUUUAAAAAGCAACACUGCUGGCUCUUAGUGGGAUAGCAACCUUUCCAUUUCUGGAUUUGUAUUCCUACAUUUGAAUCGGUCAGUCAGCCCGAAUUUCCGAGUGCAACAGGCUGCACGCAGUGUGCCACUCUGUCCAGCAUGCUGGCCAACGUGCGUCUCUUUGGCAGGAUGUUUCUCAGUCCAGCUGUAGUGUGGAGUACUCAGAAUCUGAACUGGAGUUUACAAAAUACCUUGUCCAGCUUACACUCCUGUUAUGUGUAAAUACUCUGCGCAUCCAUUCCAUUUGUGUAAAGAAUAAAGCACACACAAUUAUAAAUUCAAGAUGUAUAUUUCAUA